AUGUCACCCUCUUCGCUGAGGGAUGAGACCUUUACUACCGAGGAUGAAAACGCGAUCUUAUUGCCUCAAUCUGGGUCGGAGCACGAGCAUGAGGAUGAGGAACCAGCUCCCCAACGCCGUCACUUGGGACUCGUAUCGACAACCUUUUUAAUCACCAAUCGCAUGAUUGGCACUGCAAUUUUCUCGACACCGUCCGCCAUUGCUGAGAGUGUCGGAAGUGCAGGCGCCGCUUUGGCUCUUUGGGUCGCUGGUCUGAUCCUCGCGUACUGUGGUCUCUUUAUAUGGAUUGAGCUUGGCUCUCUCAUGCCUCGGAGUGGAGGUGAGAAGGUAUACCUAGAGGCUGCGUACCCAAAACCCCGAAUGCUGGUGACCACGGUGUUUGCUGUCCAUGUUAUUUUCCUAGGGUUUACAGGCAUUGGCAGUGUCGUUGUGGCCGAGAAUAUUCUCCUUGCUGUAAACGGGUCGGCGAGUGACUGGGUCAAGAGAGGGCUCGCCGUUGGAGUUCUCGCGAUCAUAGCCACGAUACAUAUCAAGUCCUGUGCUCUCGGAGUUAAGAUUAUGAAUUUCUUGGCUUCGGUGAAAAUCCUCAUUCUUUUCCUCAUCAUCCUGUCCGGGCUGCGCGCUCUUGGAGGCGACCUACCACAGAUUCCCCAUCCAGCUAGUAGUCUAGCGACCCCCUUUGCCGGAUCUUCUUCCGACGUAUCAGACUAUACCAAUGCCUUGUUCAAGAUACUGGCGACGUACCAAGGCUGGUCUAAUGCGGCAUAUGUGCUUGACGAAGUGCACAACCCUCGCAAAGUCCUGAAGAUCGCCGGUAUUGUAGGUGUUGGGACUGUCGGACUACUAUACACCUUAACCAACAUCUCGUACUUUAUUGUUGCAACCCCCGAAGAAAUCAGCAAGACCGGGGUCACAGUGGUCGCCCUGUUGAUCGGAAAGGUGUUUGGAAGUACAAUGCUCUGGCUGACAGCAACACUGGCGGCGUUAUCGUCAUUCGGAAGCUUGAUGACAGCCUCGUUUUCAAUGUCGCGAGUGGUGCGAGAAUUUGCGAAGGAAGGACUAGUCCCGUAUUCUCGCUUUUUCGCUGCCAGUACGCCGUCUGGGUCACCGUCUGCAGCGUUCCUUCUUGUCUUCCUCUCGUCCACGGUAAUGAUCUUGUUCAUUCCAUUUGGCGAGGUGUAUAACUUUCUACUGGACGUCGGACAGUACGCCAUUGCGAUAAUCAACGUCCUGGUUAUUAUCGGAUUGUUUAUUAUCCGUAGACAGCCAACCCCCCAGCCCACAUUCCGUGCGUGGACCCCGAUUGUGUAUUUAUUCUUUGCCUCGCAGAUUUUCCUGUUGGCCACUCCAUUUGUGCCUACAGCGUUGGAUAGGGGCAAGGCAUUGCCACCUUGGCUAUAUUCCGUGGUGGCCAUCCUCGUACUUUCAGGAGCCGUCAUUUACUGGUUAGUGUCAUGGGUGGUGCUUCCCACACAUGGAAAGUUUGUCUGGACUGCUCGAAAGUCGAUUCUCUCCGAUGGAUCAUCGGUGGUGUCGUGGGACAAGGUGAAAGUAAGCUGA